AAAAACACUACACCUCCAACAGGAAUACAUCUUAAAGAAUGCUUCAACACAUGUAUCUUUGAAAGAGCAACAUUUCAGCACAAAAGGAUCUAAGCUUGAGAGAGCUUCCCCAAAUCAAAUUUUAACAGCAUCAGCGGCCUGUAAGAAAACAAAACGAAAACAUGGAGCUACAGAAACUGUCCAAUGGUAACCAUUGCCACGACUUUGCCCCUCUUGAAGAAGAAUUAUCGCCUGAGCAAGAGGAGUUCCUUCCACACAAGUCUGAUGGAAGAAAGAUGCCCCAGUUUACAGAUUUUGAAGGGAAGACCUCAUUUGGAAUGUCUGUCUUCAACCUCAGUAACGCAAUCAUGGGCAGUGGAAUUCUAGGACUGGCUUAUGCCAUGUCAAACACUGGAAUCAUUCUCUUUCUAAUCCUGUUGACUUGCAUAGCAGUUCUUUCCUCUUACUCUAUUCAUCUUCUCCUGAAAAGUGCUGGAGUUGUGGGUAUACGUGCAUAUGAGCAGCUGGGGAAACGUGCGUUUGGAAACCCAGGGAAAGUACUGGCUGCCAUGGUCGUAACCAUGCACAACAUAGGAGCAAUGUCUAGCUACCUCUUCAUUGUGAAAUAUGAACUACCCCUGGUCAUUCAGACCUUCCUUGGUCAAGAGUCAAGCAGUGGAGAAUGGUACUUCAAUGGAAAUUAUCUCAUUGUCAUUGUGUCUGUCUGUGUCAUCCUUCCUCUGGCACUAAUGAGACACUUGGGAUACCUUGGCUACACCAGUGGUUUCUCUCUGACGUGCAUGGUCUUUUUCCUAAGCGCGGUCAUAUAUAAGAAGUUCAACAUCCCCUGUCCCUUCGAGUCUUUUGGGAAUCAUUCAGUCAAUACCUCUUCUGAAGGAGAAUGUGAAGCAAAACUCUUCACCGUCAACCAGCAGACAGCAUACACAGUUCCCAUCUUGGCAUUUGCCUUUGUCUGUCAUCCUGAAGUGCUGCCCAUCUACACUGAGCUGCGCAAUCCUACGAAAAGACGCAUGCAGGCCAUUGCGAAUGCGUCCAUCCUUGGCAUGUUUGUCAUGUACCUACUCACAGCCAUCUUUGGUUAUCUAACUUUCUUUGCUAACACGGAAGCGGAGCUUCUUCACACCUACAGUAAAGUGGACCCUAUGGACACCCUCAUCCUGUGUGUGCGCCUGGCUGUCCUCGUAGCCGUCACUCUGACAGUUCCUGUUGUGCUCUUCCCUAUUCGUAGAGCUUUGCUGCAGCUGUUAUUUCCUGAGAAACCUUUUCACUGGGUGCGUCACGUCUCCAUUGCCGUUGCUCUCCUCUUUGUCGUCAACCUCCUGGUCAUCUUUGUUCCCAAUAUUCGAGACAUUUUUGGCAUCAUUGGGGCAACCUCUGCACCAAGUUUAAUUUUCAUCCUUCCAGGAUUGUUCUACAUCCGCAUAGUUCCUACUGACAUGGAGCCAAUGAAAUCCAGACCAAAAAUCCAAGCUGCUUGUUUCACAGCACUGGGCUUCAUCUUCAUGACCAUGAGCCUUACUUUUAUUGCUCUGGACUGGAUCUAUGGGGAGAGCCGGAGCAUGGGAGCACACUAGACCUCUACCACGACUACUGGGGUCCCAAAGCCUGUUACGCAGAGCACUCUAAAGCCAUCCUGCCCCUUGAUCCAGAAUGCAGUAUGGGAGACACCUUACACCAUUAACAGGCUGGACCCAUCUUCUUUUGAGUUUUACCUGAGGUUUUUUAGGGUAAGACUGAGGUCCAAUCAUUUAAAAAAAAAA